AUGAUAGGUGAGGGAGCAUAUUCAGUUGUCUAUAAGGUGAAAAGAUAAGAAGACAAUUCAGAUUAUGCCUUAAAAAAGGUGAAUCUAACAAAUUUGAGUGAUAAAGAGAAAUAGAAUGCUUUAAAUGAAGUUAGAAUAUUAGCAUCCAUUAAAAAUCCAUAUAUAAUUAGCUAUAAGGAAGCUUUCAUUGAUGUUAAUAGUAAUUCAUUAUGGUAAUAAAAUUUGAUAAUAAUAAAACAGUAUUGUUAUGGAACUUGCAGAUAAUGGAGAUUUGUUUUAAUAAAUUUAGAAAUGUGCCAAAACUAAUACAACUAUGAGUGAAAAUGAUAUUUUAAAAAUUACAUUUUAAAUUGCCAGUGGUUUAAAAGCAUUACAUGAUUUGAAAAUAUUUCAUAGAGACUUAAAAAGUGCAAAUGUUUUUUUAUAAUCAAAUGGAGAUGUCAAAUUGGGAGAUAUGAAUGUUUCAAAGGUAGCUAAAAAGGGAUUACUUUAUACACAAACAGGAACACCAUAUUAUGCAAGUCCUGAAGUAUGGAAAGAUUAACCUUAUGAUCAGAAAUCAGAUAUCUGGUCAUUAGGAUGUGUAACAUAUGAGAUGGCUGCUCUAAAACCUCCAUUUAGAGCUGAAGAUAUGGAAGGACUCUACAAGAAAGUUAUUAGAGGUAAUUUAAAGAAUAUAUAUAGGCUUAUAUCCAAAACUUCCAUCUUAAUAUUCUUAAGAUUUAUAGAAUGUUAUUCGAAUGAUGUUAUAAGUAUAAACAAAUUUAAGACCAACAUCUUAUGCUAUAACAGAACUCCCUUAUUUUAAUAAAUUUAAAACAUAUACAAUUGAUGAUUAAAGCAAGUUGUUAAAUACUAUCAUAUUCCCUAAAAAUUAAAUUUCUAUUGCAAAUAUGUUACCUAAAGCUAAUUACAAUAAUCCUAAAUACAAAACUGAGACUCAUUAAAAUAAUGACACUUAGGAAACUAUAUAAAGAAAUAGAUUAACAACUAUUGGAGCAGGUUCUCAUUAAUCUUCACCUAAUCCUACAAGAAUUUCUUAAUAUUUGGCAGAAUAGGAAAUGCUUUUAAGUAUUUAUAUAUUAAUUAAAGAAUAAUAGUAUUCAGUAAAUUAUGCAGGUAAAAAUAAGAAAGCACAUAAUUAUUCUGAUAGGAAUGUGAUUGCAAAAAUAUUACUUGAAUAUUAGAAGGAAGUUCCAAUUUAUAAAUAAAUUAAAUAAAGAUAUAGAAAAUUAUCACAAGAGGAAACUCCCUAUUUAUAUUAGAAGAGAUUAGGUCAACUACCAGUUUUAGAAGAUCAUUCUCCAAAUUAGAAACGAAAUCAUCGUAAUUAGAGUAUGCCAACUUCCAAUUUACCUAUUAUCUGA